CGAAGAAGGGUCGCUACUUCGGAAGGACAGGCGUAGAAGCGCCCCGAGAGCGGACCGCGCGCGGGCUUUGGGGGCGGCUGCCGAGAGCGGGGAGAGGGAAUCCUUCAGGUCUUCUUUGCCCGGCUCUCCUCCCUCCCUCUUCCCCAGCAUCUGCGAGGAUACCCUCCCCUCCUUUCCCUCCCCUCUCCUCCCCCGGCAGAGGCCCGGUUGAACGGGCUGGCAAGCCGGAUCCGCAGGAAGCGGUCGGUCACAUCCUCUCUUUCCCCCGAGUGGUCCCCAUCUCCUUCCCUCGCCCUCCCGUCUCCCCCGGUUUCAGCCCACCUAUCCUCCGGGUCCCAGCUUUCCCGCAUCUCCGGGUGCUGGGAAGAAAAGCCGCACACGUGGGUCGGAGAAGCCAGCUGUUGCUGUGGAUCGUUCCCCCCACUUCGCCCCAGAUGUGGAAUGAAGGCUAAACCCUCAGAUGGAUGGACCACUGAUGAAAGGUGAGGGCAGAUCAUGGGAAUCCUUGGGACGGAGUGCUAGACUGAAGAAGGGAGUGGAAAGAAUUCAAGAUAUCAAGCUGGAUUCAUCCUCUUUCCGGGACAGAUUGUCUGCCAGAGUGCAUGGUAAUGAAGAAAAGCGAUUGCUUAGAGUAAAGACGGAAAAGAAGAAGGAGGAGGAGGAUCCAGAAUUUGAGAUGGAACUUUCUGCAGGUGGAAAACUGCUGGGUCCUGCACCUUCACGAGGUUCCUCAACUGAGGAAGAGAUGAAGGUGAAAUCUGAGGAGCAGAAGGUACAAGAGUUUGAGGUGCAGAAAGUCACAAUUCCAAUAGAGGGUUCGUCCUCCUCUUUGCACCCAAACACUUGUGGCGUGUGCGGGAAGAGUUUUAGCCGCCGCUCAAACCUGGCCAAGCACCAGAUCAUUCACACGGGAGAGAAGCCGUACCGUUGCAACGACUGUGGCCGCAGCUUCAACCAGAGCUCGGCGCUCACCAAGCACCAGCGGACGCACACUGGGGAGCGCCCCUAUGUCUGUGGGGACUGUGGCAAGGCCUUCACGGCUAGUUCCAACCUCCUCCAACAUCGGCGUUUCCACACCGGGGAACGGCCCUAUCGUUGUGAAUUGUGCGGCAAGGCCUUCUCUCAAAGUUCCAACUACAACCUGCACCGGCGUGGCCACACUGGGGUUACACCUUACCAGUGCAAUGUGUGCGGUAAACGAUUUACCGGGAGCUCAUGCCUUACUCGCCACCAGCGGACGCACACCGGAGAGAAGCCAUACCAAUGCCAGGAAUGUGGAAAGCGCUUUUCGGGAAGUUCCACGCUGGCUAACCACCGGCGUACCCACACAGUGGCUGAUGUUUGAUUGCAAAGCAACACAAGCUGUGCACCUGCCGAAAUUCUAAAUGGACGAAGCAAGGUUUUGCUGAGCCACCAGGCAAAAAUCUGAUCACUGAAGCAAGCUUAUUUAGUUAGCAUGCAUAUAGAAUUUUUACAUGUCCUGGAGCUUUAUAUUUAGGUCCAUGUUUAGCUUUGUACAGGAGACACAAAAUGUCCCAAGAUCGCACUUAUUUUCUCCAAUACCUCGAUUAAGUUCUGAUGCUUCGAAGAACAGUCUUACCAAU